AUGUCGACCCCGGAGGAGUCUCCAGCCCAGCGGGCCGCACGCCUGCGUCGUGAGCGCCGCGAGGCCAAAAUCAAGGAGGGAGGCUCUGCGCGCUUGGACAAGAUCACCAGUCUCAGCGGCCGCAAACCUCAAGCUGAUCGUGAAGAUGCAUCGCCAUCCCCUCAACCCGCAAUCUCUCCAUCUCCUUCUCCUCUCCCGCAGACCCGUCUCUCGCCGAGCCCACAGCCGAGCAUACAACCGAGCAUGCAGUCGAACAUGCAGUCGAACAUGCAGUCGAACAUGCAACCGAACAUGCCGCCUUCACAAGACUUCCAAGCCCAGCAGGAGGCCUUCCGCGCCAUGCUCAGACAGGCUGCUCCCGAGGAAGACCAGGGCCAACAGCCCGACAACAUGGCGGAGGAUCCAACCAUGAAACUCCUUCAGUCUUUGAUGGGAUCUAUGCAGGGUGACCCGAAUGCGCCCAUGCCAGGUGGUCCUGGUGGCGCACCCGGCGCUGCGCCCGAACAGGCCCCAUCUGGAUUCUCACCAGCGGAUAUCGCAGGCGCACUUGGUGUGCCGCCGUUCCUUGCGAGCAUGCUGGGCGGUGGUCAACAACCAACCGAGUCAGAGCAGAAGAUAAUCAAGAUCUGGAAGUCGCUGCACAUUCUUUUUGCGCUUGGCAUGGCUACGUAUUUGCUUUUCGUCAUCAGUGCAUCUGUUGCUAUGUUCGGUAGCGCCCCGCCCAAGCCUGCUACGGCCCAGAACCCUUUCUUGAUCUUCGUUACUGGAGAAUUACUCUUGACUGGCGGUCGGGUAGUAUCGUGUGGGAAACAGGGUGGCAUAGGAAUGAUCAUUUCGCUCUUCAAGGACUUUGUGCGUGAUGGUAGCCUCGUUGUGUUCGCGCUGGGUCUGGGAGCGUGGUACCAUCGUGGAUGGCAGACUGUCGAAUACUGA